AUGGCCAUUUCUACUCUCCUACGGCAAUUGCUAGUGCUGCCACUUACUUUCGAGAGAUCAACAUCGAGAUGUAUGCUUGAUCUCAAGAUGAUCCUGAGUUACGUCGAUUCUCUUCCCACUGGGGAUGAAAAGGGUCUGUUUUACGCGUUGGAUCUUGGUGGAACAAAUUUCCGGGUGCUGAGGGUGCAAUUGGGAGGAAAGGAGAGCCGAGUGGUCGAUACUGAAUUCGAGCAAGUUGCAAUUCCUCAGGAGCUCAUGCAUAGUACUACGGAGGAGUUGUUUGAUUUUAUUGCUUCUGAGUUAGCAAGGUUUGCAGCGAAGGAGAGUGCGAGGUUUCGCUGGCCUCAAGGGAGGAAAGGAGAGAUUGGUUUUACAUUUUCUUUUCCUGUGAGGCAGACUUCAAUUGACUCAGGCAUUUUUAUCAAGUGGACAAAGGGUUUUGCUGUCUCUGGGACAGCGGGAAAGGACGUCGUUGAAUGUUUAAAAGAAGCAAUGAAAAGACAGGGUUUAGAUAUGCGGGUAUCAGCCUUGGUGAAUGAUGCAGUUGGAACACUAGCUGGAGCUCACUACUGGGAUGAAGAUGUGGUGGUUGCGGUAAUUCUGGGUACUGGUACCAAUGCAUGCUAUAUUGAGAGGAUGGAUGCCAUUGCUAAAAUGGGGAAACUUGCCGAUGGGUCAGGAAAAACGAUUAUCAACACUGAAUGGGGGGCAUUCUCAACUGGUCUUCCUUUGACUGUUUUUGAUAGAGAUAUGGAUUCUGAAAGCAUUAAUCCUGGAGAGCAGAUAUUUGAGAAAACAAUCUCUGGAAUGUACCUAGGUGAAAUUGUAAGAAGAGUGCUGCUUAAGAUGGCAAAAGCAUCAGCUUUGUUUGGAUAUCCUGUGCCUGACAAGCUAUCCACUCCUUUUGUGCUCAGGUAA